AUGGAAUGUUCAAGUGCUAUUAGACUACGUAACGGCUCAACGCAAUCAGAGGGUCGUUUAGAAGUCUUUCACAAUGGAACAUGGGGUACGAUCUGUGAUGAUGGUACAGACAUAAACUUUGCCAAGGUCGUAUGUCGACAGCUUGGAUAUGCUACGGACAAUGUUGUUGUUCGUACGGGGGCCUAUUUUGGUGCAGGUAGUGGUCAGAUUAUGCUGGACGAUGUUUCUUGUCAAGGAGACGAGAUUGUGAUCGACUUGUGUAUGUUUAAUAGAUGGGGACAACACAACUGCGGACAUAAUGAAGAUGUCGGAGUAACAUGCAUAACCUGCUAUGUGCCGGACGUAGACGAUGCUUCCAAAGAUUCUGGGGCAACGAUUGCUUACAACGCGACAGUUAUGUACACAUGUGCAGUAGGCCACAUCAAUACUGAUGGCAAUUUAGUAAGGACAUGUCAAACUGACGGCCAAUUGGACGGUACUCUCCCAACUUGCACUCGAGAAGAAGGUACUGACAUUGUCAGGACGGUGGCCGGACAGAGAUGGGGUGGUUACUUUUAG